GAUCGCUGGACGUGAUUCAAGAAAUUACAAUCUUUUUCUUCCAUCAGCGUAUUCCCCUUUUAUUGCUUUCAUUUCCUGUUUAUUCGUCUUUUCUCGAUGCUACCGCUCUUCAUUGAGUCCGAGUAGCCUCGAACGGAAUCCUAUAUUCUUUCGGUUUUUUUGUUAAGACUUGUCGACAUUUGGACAACACCAACAUAUUUAUCUCCCAGAAUUUCAGUCCGAAAAAACUUCGGUUAUUCGGCUACAUCCGACGCCAGAUGGAGACUUCAGACCCGCGAGCACUGACUGAAAAAACGCCCACAUUGCUGCACUGGCAAGCGAAGUUUCAACAACGGCCCUGCGUGAGAACCAGUGUUGCGUAUAUUCAUCCUUUGAAAAAGGAUCAGGAACGUUUAUCAAAGUGUAGCUUUGAAUCGCUGUCCUGAGGCUCGAUAGUUUCGAGCGGGGUAGAGCAUAAUCGGACAACAUCCGUUUCGUUGUAAACGCGCAAUUUGGAAAGAGUCUACGCAUAGGGUGUCGCAUAUAGCACCGAGUCAUCUAUCAUGAAUUACACGCGAUCGGGCGGCCGUGGCCGUGGGCGACAUCCGAAUAUCCCGGCCUCAGGAAUAAGUGCUUCAAGCCGCUCCAGGAUGCUACUGUCCAAUAUUCUGCGAAAUGAUGGAGACCAUUCCUAUGCAAAUCGUAUUACAACAGCUGAGCAGCUGUCGUCUCUUUUGGCGUCAACACAGAUGCAUUCAAGUGCCAUCGAUCAAAGGACGCUGUUAGAUUUGAUAUAUCUAGCGCAACAGGAAUUUGAACAGGUUUUACAGGAGCAACGAGCCCCGGCGGUGUUCAGGCAAGCGUUUUGCCGUGCUGUUGCCACCCUUGGUCGCACCCUCCGUGGAGACAUGCCUGUGUUCUUGCAUUGGAUUUUUGGGCGAUUAUUAUCGCCAAGCACGACGGAAACUACCAAAGACAUGGACAUGGACACAAAAAGCUGGCUGUUGUUUACCUUGCGCGAGUUUCUUGAUCUACCAGCGAACGGUCCUUUACAGUCAACUGCGUGGGUUGAUGAACACAUGGGAUAUAUUUCGACAGAGUUACAAACGUUCCUGGAUGCUAUGGAGUCUCCGAUUUAUCUGCCAAAGACGCUUGACGUGAUUCAAAUAAUAGCUGAAAAGCACCCGGAAAGGUUUACCAAUUCAUUCAAGGAUGUUGUCGAUCUCCUUGUAGGAUGGAGCAUAGACCCCAACAUCCCAAAGAACAAUGUUUCGCUGAUAGCAGAUACUUUCAAAAAGCUAUGGCCGUUCUGGCUGCAGCAUAUUGAUUUCAGCCUGGAGCUCGCACGACAUUUGAUAUCCGACAUAGAAGGAUUGGUGCAAGUGCAAUGUAACCCCAGAGCCACCCAAGUUCCACAUCCUGAUGUCGACACAGUAAAAGAUCGAUCCCAUCGUCUACCUCAGAGCGCGAUUACACUUAUGAGAUGUUUUCACGCAGUGCUGUAUGUGAUCACCUUUGCAGGAUUUCCUAGCUUAAACGCAGAAUGCCAGGCCCCGUUACCAUUCCAGUCGAAUCCAUAUGAAAGCUACUUGUUACUAGUGCAAUGGUGCCUAGAUCUCAUAGUUGCUGUCGGGCGGAAAUAUGAAGAUCGCGGAUGGUUAUCACAAGGUUACGGUUUCAUUAAAUUCCUGAGUCGAGCGCUUGGCAAACACUUUAUGCCCUAUCAGCAGACUGCUGUAGAGUGCUUAAUACUCGAUUGCAGACUAUUGGUUGAUGAGAACAAUGCGUGGGAUAGUCCUCUUGUCAAACGAGCUGUCGACGACUGGAUAGAGUCGGUAGAUGAGAUUCUGGCUCUGUGGGAACCGCACAUUUCAAGCAAGAUAGUGCCAGCUUUCAUGGUGCCGUCCAUUUCGCCCUUGCUGAAAGAUCUGCGCAAAGCAUGUCACCGGGAUCCAUCAUUUUUGCGGAAACUCCGCAAUUGGAGCACCAGGAUAUUGCAGGCCCUUGAAGCCGAAUCGCAGGAUGCCUCCCAGACCAAUGAUGACAAAGCCGGGAGUUUGGACGAAGUUGUUCUUGAAAUGCACGACAUUUUUCGGAGGUUGAUAUCUCUGAAUGCGAAAGAUCAUGAUGAUGCUCAAGCGGAGAAAAUGGAUGUAUCUAAUGGGACGUUCAUUCAUGAAUCUCUCAGUCAUGUUCUUUUGGGAUUAGAAAAGCACCGGGCGACCAGCACAUCUUACUGUGAAUAUGUGGGACCCUUGCUCAAGGAAGACGUGGAUAUGCUUAUCGAUCUACUACUUUGGGAUUGUCGAUUCCUUGCUGAUGCAGUGCAAUACACAGCUGGGGGGCUUGAUGGCGCCGGUCUUUUAGUAUUACUGUCUUCGAUGAUAGAAAAUGUGGGUAGGGUUGCUGUCAUCAAUAACAGAAUCGGAUUGGGUACCAAGAUUAGAGGGACUCUGCUACUUUCUGGUUAUGUGGUUGCCCGCAGUCAAUCUUUCUUCUCCAUUGAAAGCAAAGACCACAAUGUUGAUGAAAAGAAGAAUUCCCAGGAGCGUUCUCUGAGUUACUUCCAAAUGCAGCUAAAGUGCAUUUUGACGGUCGCUCAAUUCCCUGAUAUUGACCAUGAUGAGAAGCUGAUUACCAUUUGCUGGUUCUACGAACUUAUGGACAGCAUAUUGCACGGUACCAAAUGUCUGGCUGCAAGUCACUUGCUGAUCGAGGAGUGCGCGGGACUUGUGCAAGCUUGCGUGGAGGCGUUCCGAUAUCUGCUUGAUGUGGAAGCCGACGGUGAAAUCCGCGGAGAGUUUGCUCUGGUGUGGAAGUCUUGUAUCCGAUGGACUGAUGUAUUACGACAUUUUGGCUUGCGUAGCGCAAUUGACAGGAUUGUGGGGAUUAUAUUCAAUGCUGCGAUAGCAAGGGUGCAUGAUAUUGAUAAAGCGGUAGCAGAAAGACAUUUUGUCGUCCUUGCCUCCAUGCGUCCUAUAAGUACAUUGAUGGCAAGCAGCAAGCGGCGUGAUUCACAUCAUGAUCCAUUUUUACUCACGAAGAUGGAACUAAUGUCGAAGCCUCCAUCGGGUACUUUCCGAUCAAAACAUUUCCAAUUGGUUGUCGCGCAAUUAGGCAUGGAAGCAUAUUUCCUGCAAUCAGAUGAGCCAGGUGCCCCACCAGCUCAGGAACUUGAUCAUACAGACUGGCUGGAACGAUUAUUUCAUGUCUGCCAAUGUGCGACAGGCAUGGAGCGAUCUGCUGCUCCGACAUCUGGUUCUCCUGAUGUCGUCCGAAUUGAUACAUGGGAAGAUCCUCUCCUUUUUUGGGCGCUGUGGGAAAGUGCCCGUUACUGUGUGUUGUCGAGGUUGCGAACACCGCUUGGGUCUCCGGUGCAGACGUUCGCGAGUAUCGAAAGAGUAUUGAAAGAUUCAGUUGCAAAUUUCGGUCGCCAGGCAGUACGCCCUGGAGAUACCAAUGAGCACUUACCAGCAACCUUGAUUAAGGACGCUCAACGGCUCCGACAUCUACUCAUGCUUAUUGAUUUACUGGAGAUUCAAAUUCGCAAUGCUGCAGAAGGGGCUUACCACGCCUCUCCUGCUUCAACGUUAUUUUUUCAUACAAACAAGCGCACAUGCGACGAGUGGUUCAUGAGGAUUCGGAAACAUUUAGUUGCUGGCGGAAAGCUUACAGGGUCGGCCGCGUUCACCAUAAAACAUGGCAUGGAGUAUCUUGCGGAGCGGUCGGCAAGCAUUUUGCGACAUGACAAAAACGAUAAAGCUACCUUCGCCGCGGAUAUUGAGAGCGUCACUGUUGAUAUUUGCGAUGCGUUGGUCACUUACAAAGAUGCCGAUACUGUGUAUGGGAUUGCUGCAUGGUUAGAGAAGGUGAUACCCCAACGUUCGGAUGAGUUAUCACCAAGUGACGGGCAGCCAUCUGUAAGGUUACUCAAAAAGUCCGACGUUCACAACAAUGCGGGCGGUAGUUCCCCAUUCUCUUUUACGUGGGCUCGAAGUGCUGCAGAUAUUGCUGAAGGUCGUUACGAAACUGCUCUUCCGGAACUCCGUAACAAGUUCCAGGCUUCUAUCAAGGGGGGCAAGAUAUCUUUCACAAAGUCUUUCAGCAGCCUGGUUCAAAAUAUUACGCGCUGCUACCUACAAUUACGUGACUGGGACGGUUUAGCUGAAUGGAAUGGCAUGCUGAAAACAGUGAAACAAGAUGCACUCCAUAACAAUGAUACAUCGCCGUUCGAUCUUGACCAUCAUCGAACAAUCUUGUCCGCGUGGUCCGAACUCACAGACCCCUAUCAAGAUCUCAAUUCUGAUCGAGGAUUGACUCUGGAGAAUUCAUUUGAUAUUGCCGGAAUCCAACAUGUAGGCCUUCCUGGUGCAUAUAUGGCCAGAGCGGAAGGGCAGCUAUGGAAGGCUCUCACCCUGAUGAGAGCAGAGGAUCUGCCUAGUGCCCAGGAGUAUUUGGCUUCUGCCCUUGAGUUAUUGAAACAGAUUAUAAAGUACCAUCCGGAGACCUCGCCACACGAUUUGACGUAUUCACUUGUGCAAGUCCAACUCGCCAAAUGGAUUGAAAAUAUAAAUCUGCCUGCCAAAUCUGACUUAGCGGGGUUAUUAUCGGAAUGCGACAAUGACCGAGCGCUAGCUUCUCUGAGAUGCGCGGAUUUGUCGACUUUGAAUCUUUUGCACAACAUUGUUACUGCUGUGCUGCAGACCAAAUUGUCCGUCCUAGAAGGGGCACAGUUCGAGACAGCAAACGAAAACUUGCGCUUUUCUGUUGGCAGGUUAGCGCGAAAGAGUAAGAAUUAUGCUCUUGCUCGCAGAACGUCGAAGUCAGCGGACCACCUGGGCUUUUUUUCCCUUCAGGAUCUUAAGAGUCGCUACGAUUUUGCCAAAUUGUUAUAUGCUGAUGGAAAGGCGGUCGAUGCGUUGCAUGCGGUGUUGUCCACUUUGGACAAGCUCGGCAGGCCCCGUGUGGAUCAAUUGCGGAAUAACGGCCGUGCCGAGUCUGAGGAAGGCAGCUGUGCAGUGAUGUACUCAAAGCACUUGCUGCUAUUAUCAAAGUGGAUCCAAGCAUUCCAACUGAAUACUUCAGAAUGGCGCGCUGUCGAAGACGCCAUCCGAAGCGCUGAAAUUGCCAAUGACGUUCGGGCUGCUGCUUCGGAAGAGAAAUCACAGACGGCUUUCGUUGGCAGUAUAGCCGAGCGCUGCCUUGUUACAGCGACGGCGCACACCCCGAUGUAUCCUAAAGCAUGGUUGAACUACGGACAUUUCUGCUAUCAUCAAGGCAGGAAAGCUCUUGAGGACAUGACAGGAAAGCCAUUCAAAGUACUGGAGUCAUUCCCGCUCGAAAUGAAAUAUAUGUUUGAAGAACUAGCAAGGGCUUCUACGCCUCGCGAAGAGAAUGUCAAGGUUAUUUUAGAAAUUAUUUCGCAGGAGCUCGUUAACAGCACAAAACAGAAACCUCGCGACGACCAUCCGCCUUUGGAGGGAGUUCUACGUGCAACCUUCCCAGAGCUCGAGGUUGAGGCAAUUGAAAAGAUCGGAUCCGCUAUACGGGCUUUAAAGCAUAGAGUGCUGGACCGCUUCUACUCGGCAGCAUCGGCUUAUUUCAAAUUCUUGGACGUUGCGAAUGCGGCUCACGUUGCCUCGGACGCUGACAAUACCACUGCCACUCUUCGCAUUCUGCGAUUAUUUUUGAAUAUUGGGGCGUACUUCAAGGAGGACUUCACGCGCAUGUUCGAAGCCACCCCUUUGGUACCCUGGGAAAGUGUUCUCCCGCAGCUUUAUGCGCGCACCGACCAUCCAGAGGCUUUUGUGCGAGAUACCAUUGCGGACUUGCUUUGUAAGAUAGGAAAAACGUCCCCUCACCUGGUCGUUUAUCAUGCCGUCGUGGAGUCGUCAACGGAACAAGCCACAUCGGCGGAGAUUCAUAUGCCAUGGUCCAAGCGUGUACUCCAAGUAUUGAAACAAGGCGGCUCGGAAGGAUUAGUAACAGAGGUCCAGCGCAUGGUGAACGAACUCAAGAGGAUGACUGUGCUAUGGGAAGAAAUGUGGCUCCACAAGUUGCGGCACCUGCAUGUUGACGCAAUAAAGCGACUGCAGCAGAUCGAAAGAGAGGCAAAUAGGGUUGGCGCAAGUGUGUCGCUGCCUGAAACGGAGAAGAACACCAUCAUUUUCGAGUACUAUCAGACUAUAACGAGACCAUUAGUCACCGCUCUGGAAACCCUUCUGCGUACAACAACUUGCUCACCCUCCAGCACACCGCACGAAUUCUGGUUUCAAGAUACGUACGGGAAACGAAUCAAAGAUGCCCUAUUGGCUCUACAAAGCCCGAAAGAUCCGACAAUGCCUAGAGCUGCUUGGACGGCUUUCGAAGAGAUUCACGCUGAUCUUUCUCGAGAAUUGCAACGCAACCGGCAGCUCAAGCUAUCGAACGUCAGCCCAGUCUUGGCAAGGUCCCGUGAUUCGAUUAUCCCUAUGCCAGGCAUGCCUGUGCACGACCGUUUAGUCACUAUACGGAGGUUUAAUCAUGAUCUUCACGUUCUACCAACAAAGACAAAACCAAAAAAGCUGGAAUUGAUGGGUUCCGACGGUGUGCGAUACACUUACCUCUUCAAAGGCUUGGAAGACCUCCAUUUAGACGAGCGAAUCCAGCAACUUUUGCGAACAGUCAACCAAUUUCUCACGCGAGACAAAUCUUCCGCACAUCGUGGGUUGCAUGCUCGGACAUAUCCCGUCAUUCCCUUCGGACAACGGUUUGGCAUGAUUAAAUGGGUCGAUGAUGUCAUCCCACUGUUUAGUUUGUAUAAGCGUUGGCAGCACCGCGAGUACACGGCGAAAAUGCUGCAAAGAAAAGAGGGGGAUCCACCACCCCCAAAACCUCACGAACAAUAUUAUGCGAAGAUAAGAGCCGGCCUGCAGCGUCACGGGUUGUCAAAAAAGGCGGCACGCCGAAACUGGCCAUUAGAUGUUAUGCGCGAAGCAUUUCAAGAAUUGAAGAAGGAGACGCCCACCAAUUUACUAGCCAGGGAACUCUCCGGAUCAUCUGCCACCCCUGCGGAUUGGUGGCGAAAAACCAAGUCUUUUGUGCGAUCAGUUGCCGUUAUGUCUGUUAUCGGCUACGUUAUUGGCCUCGGAGAUCGUCAUCUUGAUAACAUACUACUAGAUCCCGUCACUGGGGAAGUCAUUCACAUUGAUUACAAUGUUUGCUUUGAAAAUGGACGCAAAUUACGGGUGCCUGAGACGGUACCGUUCAGGUUAACUCAGAAUAUCUUAGGAGCAUUUGGUGUCACGGGGGUGGAUGGAGUAUUCAAGAUUGCUUGCGAAAACACAAUGCGCGUCAUGCGUGAGAACCAUAAAACGCUAUUAACGUUACUUGAAGCCUUUGUGUAUGAUCCGUUGGUGGACUGGACGAAGGAUCAAGCUGGCGUCUUAAGUAAGCAAACACUUGAGGUGAACGUAAACAUCGGUCUUCUCUGUUCUCGGAUUGCGGAGAAAAGAGAACCAGUCGGCAAAUAUGUGCAUGCGCUUCUCUCCACUUGUGGUAGUAAUGUUGACGACCAGGCGUCUAAAGGGAUCCAAGAAUCCAUUGCCAUGCUGGCCAUCACAGACGGUCGCAGCGGGCAAGCGAAAAAAAUGACACAUGUCAGCGAUCAAGACAAAGAGGCUUCCUUACGCGAUGCGUUGCAAAAGCGCUAUGUCGACUGCGAGACCUGGAUCGCCCGACACUCCGCGGCCUUGCUCACAUUGAAGGGACCUUACCUGCAGAGAUGUGCUGCGGAUGUUCUGAAUGUCGACCCUGUCAAUGUUUUUCCUCCAUUUGCCCCUACAACCUACGCAUUGGGCGCGAAUGAAGGCCAUAUAAUGCGCUGCGUGGAAGUUGACCAGGAGAUAUUCCGCGUAACUACUGAACGGGCUGCCUGUUAUCAAGUCAUUGUGAAGCAUUUGCAGAUGUAUCAAGUCCUUGCCGCUCCUGUAGCGGACCUACUCUUGAACCAGGAUUACUUCCUGAAGUGGAAGGGCAUUCUUCAGACACUGAUCUCCUCGGAGCUUGAUCAAACCGCGAUUCAGAGAGUUCUUUCUUCGAAUUCGGAUGUGACUCGUACUGAACAGACUAGAAAAGCCGCGCUUGAAGCCAUCAUGAAAACAACAUGUCUAGCAAAGGAGGAAGAAUAUAUGAAAUGCAGCGCUGCAGUUACUGCAGUAUCUCCUGAACCAGAAGCGGCAGGUCAAGAACUCGGCAUCUUCUCAAAUAUACACGCGUCAAAAAAGCCCGUCGUUUUAAUUCAGUGCGCAAUGCUGGAUACUCUGGCGCAUUUCGGCCAUCUACUCUACGUGCUUAUUAAGGAUCCAUUGAAACGCGAAUCAAUAUUUGCAAACGAUAACUUUGGAAUCCAGCGAAUAUCGCAAAGAUCGGUCCACGUGUUUGGCGGGUACCCGUUUGAGCCAGAUAAUCUUCAUGAGGUGCAUUCCAUAGCGUCUUCGGCAGUUGUCGCCAUCGAGGGAUUGAAUGAAUCUGCCCACAAAUCUGGCGACACUACGGAUUCUGAUUCUCUUCAAGUUCUUCAGAAUUACGUCGAUCUGUUAGAAUGCGUCAGAGCCAUUCAAUGGCACGUCGCCGACGUUCUUGUUCCUGAAGUCAUCCUUAUCUUAGCCCAAAAGGAAGACUCUUCCCUGCAAAGCCUCCUGACUGAUCUGGAAAGACUAUGUUCAGGUGUCGACAAUACACUCGACCAGAGCUCGGAAGCAUUCCAAACCGUCGCGGCGAAAUUGGGUGCGGAGUUUCCGGCUCUGUGCGCGGAAUAUGGUUCGCAACCUUCCACCGGUGCCCAGGCGAUCCUGUCAUCUUUCAAUCAUUUUUUCACCCCGAUAGUAAACGGAAUGCGCCAUCUUCCUGGUCAGAAGGGUACCAAUGAAGCGCAGAUUAUUCACAACGCCCUCAUGGUGCAACAGAUACUGUCCAUUUUGCACAUAUUGCAGGCCUCCCAGCGUUACUACCAACAGGCUGAAAUGGAUACUGACGAUCCGUCCAAUGAAUGGAUUGCCAAUUAUGAUUUUUGCGACAUUAUGCGGGAGAGCGAGCAUUUUGCAACAGCGACUGCGACAUUGAAGCGGUAUCUCGACAUCUGCAUCAGAGAAAUAUGCAUGAAGCCUAUGGCAAAGCUGUUUAAUAAAAGCAUAAAGCGCGUUGGUGGGACUCUGGGAAGUGAGCGUGCAAACGACCAAGAGAAAUCCGGCCGUGCACUGAUCGGAAUACCGUUUGUUGACCAAGCACAUGCUCUGAUCAAUGCUCAUGUUCCCUUCGAUGGAGAGCUUCGUCAGCAAUUGAUGGCUCUCCAAGAUCUCCUUUCCCGUGAUGUUGAGCGACGUGUCCAAAUGGACAUCAGCCAAAAAGGGAUCGGCCAUCUUCGACGAUUUGAGGCCCGACUACAGCAGCGUAAGCUGGCGUUAACUCGGUACCAGCUAGUGCACGAAUCAGCCUUGACGUACCCUAUACGACAUGGUGCGACUGAGGCACCCUUACCGAUGGAGACUCCUCGCCUACAGUUCAUUGAAAGUUUAAAACGCGAUAUGCCCCUUCUAUUACAGCUCUGUAGUGAUUUGCGCUCACUUGCGGGAGCCUGCCAGAUUUUGGAGUCUGAGCUCGCGCCACUUCUCGCUUGGUCCUCGGCAGAUUCUUCCAAAGAGCAUGCAAUUAGCGCGUUCGGAGACGCCUGCCGUACGCGCCAUGCUCAAAUCAUGAUGGAGACUCAGCGGAUUCAAGACAUUAUCGAACUCUGCGAUACCCUUGUUCACUUUGAAACAUUUCGCGGUCCUGGUGGAAGGAUGCAGUCGAUGGAAAAAGAUACGUUAGAACUGGUGGAAGCACUCAAACAAGUGGUGAACAAGCCUAAUUACACUGGGGUCUUGAAACCGAAUUCGGGUGUGAGUGAAGAUGAGCAAGUUUCUAUACAGGAGAAACUACUAGCAGUACAUCAUGCCUAUCAGAAUUGUGACAGAGUACUUGAGGACAUUCACAAGAUCAUGAAGAAUCUAUACAAAACAUCCGCAGUUCUUCCCUCUGCGAAGAACAUGACAGCCGAGAUACAGGAGUAUCUGAGUCAAUGGAGCCAUUGCGGCCAGAAAAUAAAGGGGCUUGAAGUGGCUUCACGGAACCCGCCCGACAGGACGUCCCUGGAGAAAACGAUGAACAAAAUUCACUUGGAAGUCGAAAGGUGCAUCAAGAUGCUCUUCUCCUUCAGCUCACUGAAGCCGCUAGAGAUCGCACUGGAGGCGGAACGAGAGGAACUGGCUCAGAGUCCAUUGCAAUCUCCCACCGAAGAGAAACUGCCUGAAUCCCUACCUACGCACGAAUCAGACUGGCUGGCUUUGCAGCCACACCAGCCAAUGGUCGUUCAUGAGAGUGGAGAUCCGCUAAUGCUGGAGGAUAUGGUCGCCCACGAUCUUCCUUCCCCAGAUCAACCACAAGUGAUUGCGACCGUGGAAGAGAGUCGCCGCACCGAGGCAACUUCACUGCACCAUUUCCAGCAAGAUGGCGUCGUUGCGGUAGACAUGGAGAUUACGGAGGCACUUGCACAGACUGGUUGUGAGAGAGAAUAUGUCCCGCAGGGGGAAGAACGAAAUGCGUAUGCGAUUCACGUGCUGCGCCGCGUCAAAGCAAAGUUGAGCGGACGCGAUGCUAUCGAUCAGGGCAAGAUGACAGUACCGGAACAGGUGGACAUGAUAGUAGGAGAAGCGACCAAUAUGGAUAACCUGGCCGUUAUGUACGAAGGUUGGAUGUCGUGGUUCUAAUCUUGCCACAACAUCGUCACAACUGAUCGCAUGCGCCGUGCAAGUAAUCUAAGAUACUGGUCCAGCAAGUGGGGCUCAUGCCUAUUGCUGGUUGCCGAAAACCAGUAUUUGGAUUUCCGAGUCUCGACGAAGCUCAUCCUGCACUGCAGCGCUCCCCGGGACACCGGGUUGGGAUCUGGCAAACUUUCCGACCAAUUCAUGUGUAACUUGAAGCCGUUUUGCGUAAUUGCUUCGUGCGUCAGACAGAUCAAUGUCGUAAAUAUACCUUUGGUGUCACUUCACCUGUCGAUA